AUGUUUCCAGAAUUUCUGAAUUCGAAUGAUGAAACGGAAGGAAAUGACACUAAAACCAGAUGUACCUGUGGCAAGAAUGUUAAAGACCCUUCAAAAUGGCUUGCACAUCUUCUAAAACGUCCUUGUAACAGAAAAAGUCAAGCGUGCUCAAGAAAAUGUCGCUGCUUCAAUUGUAAGAACAAAAAUAAUGCUGCCUUUGAGGGAGAGAGGCAAUUAGGCGAAACACGCAAACGCAAACGCGGAUGUACAUGUGGUAAUACCUUAAACAAAGAAGAUAAAGGUCGUGUAUCGUGCAGAGAUGGAAAAAGAAAAAGAAAAUGUCCAUGCGUUGCCGAAGGACUCGGGUGUACCGAGUCAUGCAAAUGUUACAACUGUGGAAAUAUCUUUCAAAUUGGCGGUGUUUCCGCUUCACCAGGCACAGGAAGAAAGAGAAGGAGAGCUACCAUUUCAACCUACAAGAGACAACGAGGGAAAGAGUUUAUGGAAAGACAGAAAGCUCCAGUGACCUCGGGACCUUGGAGACUGCUAGAAACAUUGUGUCUAGUAGUUUGUAAAGAAAUUCUCUUCAUUAGAGAGCUUCCAAGAAAUUCAUCAAACUUUUCAACGCUGUACAACUUUGUUGCAGAAUCGGACAAGGUUAAGGAAAUGUCUUUAACGAUUGAACGAAAAAGUACAGCUCAAGUAGCGGCAAAAAUCGCACAUUUGUCAGAACAUAGUCAUUGUUGA